UUAAUUUUUUGACGCGUAUAAAAGGGGCUCAUAGUUAAGACUAGAAGUUAGUUGUAACAAUGAAGACAGUUACUUUCUUUGUUUUAGUCUUAGGUGUUUGUGCCCUUGCAUUUUCGAAUGAAAACAAGGAAUUGGACGAUGUGGAAGAAGUCGAUGUGCACUCUAGGGACCGGAGAGAAGUUCGUGAUGAAGUAGAAGAAGCGUUCAGUUUUCAGGAGGAGAAGAAGAACUUGGGCUUGAGAAUUCGGAGAGAUGUUGCCGGUGUCUUUAAUGCAGGUCCUAAACAUGUGGGAGAAAAUCGAUACGAGAGUGAAACAAAUUAUGGUAAUGCUCGUCCAAGACCCUUACGACGUAAGCCAAAAAACGACCACAGAGGGAGAAAAAAUCGAAAAUAUGGAAAACACCGUCAUCAUAAAGGGAGACACCCUCCAGUAAACCACAGAUCCUCCGGAAAACCACUAAAUACAGAAAUCGAGAGUUCGGUGUACAACAGCGCUCACAAAACACCAACAAAUUCAGGAAUUCAAACUUCAAUGCAUACCAAAGUGACUGCAGCAAGUGGCAAGUCUGGACCUCAAACCGUUGUAAUGGUACCACCAAACAAAGGAUUCAGUAGUGAUGCAAGUAAAAAAACAGCGUCAGAUAAAAAAGCUGAGAAUAAAGGCAAUGACAAACCGCCAAGUCCACCAGGACAUGAAGUAAGGAUGUUUACUGCAGUUUAAGGGUUUAUAAUCAUUAAUCACACUGUGUUGGGAUUUUAUGUUAACAUGCUGCAAUUUUAAAAUGUAAAAAAAAUAAUAAAAACAUUGAUGUUA